GAACAUCUCUGAGAUGCCCACUUGGUAUCCUGACUUGUGACCCUCCCAAGGAACUUUCAUGCUCAUGCCCUAGGUGUCUUGGAGGGAUGCUGCAGCACAGCCCCAGGCCCCCUGGGCCAGCCUGGGCAGAGGUCUGCUCAGAUGGAGGUGGCCCUCCUAUGGCCAGUGUUGGGUGAGAGAUGGCAGGAGUGGGCUUGAGGCUGCCUUCUUGAAGCUUUCUCUGCCAGCCCUCUGCCCACAGACUACCGACAUGCUCUUGGGAAUGGCUGACAACCUGGUGAUGGAGACCCUUAGCCCCUGGUAGCCCUGACCCUGCUUGUCCAUGCCAUCCUGUCUCCACCUCUGAAGCUGGGCUGGCAUCUUGGUCUCAGCUGCUGGCAGGGGUCAGGAACUCUUUUUUUUUUUUUUUUUUUAAUGGUUUGCCUUUUAAAAAAAUUUAUUUAUUUUAUUUAUUUAUUUUGGGCUUCAUUGGGUCUUCGUUGCUGUGCGCGGGCCUUUCUCGAGUUGCGCUGAGUGGGGGCCACCCUUCGUUGUGGUGCGUGGGUGGCUUCUCGUUGUAGAGCACUGGCUCUAGGCACACGGGCUUUGGUAGUUGUGGCUCGUGGGCUCUAGAGCACAGACUCAGUAGCUGUGGCGCACGGGCUUAGUUGCUCCAUGGCAUAUGGGAUCUUCCCGGACCAGGGCUCGAACCCGUGUCCCCUGCAUUGGCAGGCGUAUUCUUAACCACCAGGGAAGCCCAGGAACUCUUACUUGGUGAGGAUGACAUGCUCAUCCCAUGGCUCCUAGGGCCUGCGGUGCAUUGAGGAGAUUUAGGCAAGUUUCCCUUAAAACAGCUGGACCGUCAGGGAAGGUGUUCCUUCGGGGCAGGGGAGGGAGAGAAAUGGCAGGUGAAGGGAGCAAACACUGCCUGCAAGUCUGCAGAUACUUCACUGCCCGGUGACCAUUGGCAAGACCCUCACCCUUAUCUCUGGGAGAUGCUGAUCUCAGCCCUGCCUGCCUCAAAUCAAAGGAUAAUGCAAACUGUGGCUGUAAAUGUGCCCCCCGAAGAUCAGGAUGGCUCUGGAGAUGACUCUGACAACUUCUCUGGCUCGGGUGCAGGCGCUCUGCCAGAUGUCACCUUGUCACAGCAGACCCCCUCCACCUGGAAGGACAAGGGGCUCCUGACGGCCACACCCACGGCUCCAGAGCCCAGCCGCCCGGAAACCACCAUCACCUCCACCUCCGUCCUGCCGACUGGAGAGCAGCCUGAGGAGGGAGGGCUGGUGCUCCUAGCAAAGCUGGAACCUGGCCUCACCGCCCAGGAGAAGGAGGCCACCCACCCACCCAGUGGGACCACGCUGCACCCAACCACCCACCGGGCAUCAACAGCCAGAGCCACCACGGCCCAGGGGCCUGCCACCUCCCAUCCCCACAGGGACGUGCAGCCUGACCACCGUGAGACCUCAGCUCCCACAGGUCACGGCCAGCUCGAGCCUCAGGCUCCCAGCGUGGAGGAUAGAGGUUCUUCUGCCACCGAGAAGGCUGCUGAAGAUGAAGCCCCCACCCAGCUCCCAGAAGGAGAGGGCUCUGGGGAGCAGGACUUCACCUUUGAUGUGUCCGCGGAGAGCUCAGACGGGGCCACUGUGGAACCUGGCCAGCGGAAUGGGCCCCCAGGGGAUCCUGGGGCCGCGGGGGCCUCGCAGGGCCUCCUGGACAGGAAGGAAGUGCUGGGAGGGAUCAUUGCCGGAGGCCUCGUGGGACUCAUCUUUGCUGUGUGCCUGGUGGGUUUCAUGCUGUACCGGAUGAAGAAGAAGGACGAGGGCAGCUAUUCCUUGGAGGAGCCGAAACAAGCCAAUGGUGGGGCCUACCAGAAGCCCAGCAAGCAGGAGGAGUUCUAUGCCUGAUGGGGGGGAUGCCUCUCCCCUCCCCCUGCGCUCGCUAGGCCCCCACUUGCCUUUUCUGUGAAGAACUGCAGACCCUGCCCUCCUCCACCGCGCCACCUUCCUGGCGCACCCAGCCCCGCCGGCGGCUCCCUUCCCGCGGAGUCCUGGGCGUGCUGGGGAGAGGGCUCGUCUCCGCUUCUCUGACUUCUGCCUGGAGACUUGGGCACAAGGGCUUUCUCACAUAUGACCGACCUUUCCAUCACAGCCGGCACCUGGCAGCCCACCACGCUGACUCAUUUUCUCCAAACCGGAGCAGCCCGUCCCCAGGCCCAACUCUGGAGAGAAGGGGACCCCGCUGCUCAGGACCCGGAUGUCUGGAAGAUGCUGUGGCUGAGCACUGACACGUCUGUAGCACUUACUGGUAGAGACCAGCGGGCCUGGCUGGGGGUGUGUGUCCCGCUGAGUGGUGGGGACAGGAGGUCAGGGCUCUGUCGGAAUUCACUUUGUUUUGUGGAGAGGUCUAAUUUAGAUGUCAAUUUGUUUUUGCACAUGUUUCCUCUAGUUUCUUUGUUUAUAGCCCAGUAGACUUUGUUACUUCAGAGGUAAGUUAAGUAAGUUGAUUUGGUUAUCCCCCAUCCUGCUUCCCUAAUCUGUAUGGUCAGGAGACAGCAUCAGGGUUAAGAAGACUUUUUUUUUUUUUUUUUUUUUUUUUUUUGGGGACUAGGAGAACCAAAUCCAGAAGCCAACAUAUAGGCUUAGUUCGUGUGUUGUCUCUUGAGUUUGUCGCUCACGUGUACAACAGGGUAUGGAAUGUCUGUUGGGUGGCCCUGUUGGUGGGCUGGCCCAUCCCGGCUGCCGUGGGUGGUCACCUCUUGGAGCAGUCAUGCCUGUGUCCAUGAACUCGGGGCCGGGGCCAGGGCCCAAGUGGCUGGGAUGUUGGGGAGCCUGUGUGAGAAUUGAAUCCUGGAGCCUCAGGCUUGGGGAUCAAGGAGAGAGGACCAAGCCCUUCCUUUUAUGCCAUCUCUGGGGGACACUUUCUCCUGGAAGGUGACGAGAGGGGUCUUGGCCCUACCUGCCACUGAGCUGCCCCAUGAAGGACCAGGUUCACUUUGAUUAGCUCCUGUGGCCCGACUUUGGGCUGGAAUCAGGAAUGUUCCAAAGAGUUGUUAGUCUUUUGCUUUUGGCAAAACUCUGCUUAAUCCAAUGGGUUUUUCCCUGUACAGUAGAUUUUCCAAAUGUAAUAAACUUUAAUAUAAAGUAGUCAUGUGAACUCUACCGCCUUUGCUUCUUUCUGUGCUGGUCUAGUGGCCGUGACCAGCCUUUUCUCUAAACGCCAGCGAUAUUGGGAAACCUGGCUAAAAGCUCUGUGCCUUCAUCUUUCCCGUGGGGAGGGAUUCUGGGGCCAGAGUCCCUCUGGUUUGUUUUGGUUUUUUGUUUUUUGUCUUUGUUGAAAUUAUUCUGGAGAUCGGUAGGUUCAUUCAAGGUUAUGCAAGGCCCGAUGUAAAUUUCCGUGUUGCCAAGUUCGAAGGACAGUCUCCUAAAUGGUGAUGAAGCUGUGUCGGCCCCAGUCCAGUUUGAUCCGAGGCCACGCGCCCCACGGAGGCCUGGAGCCAAGGCCUGCCUCUCAGACACCUUUGCUGGGACCAGAGACCCCCAGCCCUGGCUCCUGGGAACUCCUGUGGUUGCUUAUUUAAUUUUGACAACGUUCCAGCUGCUCUGUUGGCCGCUCUGCGAGGGGACCGCCCGUGAUUCGGAGAGACGCCCUGCCCAGCGAAGGGAACUUGUGCCCCAUGUUCCAUACAGAGACUUUCUGCCGGAGUGUACGAGUGGACGCGACUCCUGGGUGGAGAAGGGGCUGUGACUGCUCAUCUCUGCUGGUCCCUGGGACGGCGCUCAACCCACGGCUGGGCCCAUUCAUGUAGCUAAUAAACGGAAAAACUUCAGCCGUGUUGGAGCCACACUUCUGUGACAUCCUCGCUUUGCAGGCAAAACCUGCAGUAUGGAGGCUGCACCCCCUCACCCCCGGUACUGGUCCUUGAGCCGUGCGAGCUUUGCACCCACUCAUGGUGUGCAGGUGUGAGAGCGAGCGUGCCCCCAAAUCAGGCCCUCGGCUGUGCUACCUGAGUGCCUGCUCGACUUCAAGCCUCAGCUCAAAGCUCCUCCAGGGAGAGGCCCUGCAUCCUCUGUGCCCCCAUAACUUCUGGGUCACUGCUCUCGGCACCUCUCGCCCCAUCACCGCAGGUGUCCGUUUCCACAAUGGCUUCCUGUUACCUCGGGUGCUUCCUGAGGGCAGGUGCUUUAUUAUGAGCCCAGCAUGAGGCGUGCCGUGGGGGAGCUCGCUGUAGAUAUGGGAGCCUCUGCCUUUGGGUGUUCCUUGUGGACGCCUGGUGCUGCUGUCCUGUUCUGCAAGUCAGGUGGUUGUUAGAAGCUUAUUAACGGUGCAAGACACUACCACACACCCCCCAGAAAGGCUGACGUUAAAAUCGGACGAUUGUUGGAGGGCGCGUGGAGCCACCGUGAAGCUCCUGCGCUGCUGGAAAAUGUGCCAAUUGUACGAGCACUUGGGAAACUAAAGCCAAACCUAUGCCUAUGCUAUGCUCCAGGCAGAAGGAGAGCGCGUGUCUGCGGAAAGAUGUGUGUGAAAAGGUCCACAGCAGCCUCACGCAUCACAGCCCAGACGUGGAAACAGCCCAGUGUCCACCAACAGGAGAACAGAUAAAUAAAUUGUGCUACGGCCCUACAAUGGAGUACUACCCAGUGAUGAAAAAGAACCAACGACUGCUACGCAUCCAACAUAGAUGACAUCACAGGCUAUAUAUUCAGCACAAGAAGCCAGACACAAAAGAGCCCAGACUGCCUGAUUCCAUUUAUAUAAAGUUCAGGAACAGGCAAAACUAAUGGGUGAUGGAAGCCUGUGGUACUUCUGCUGGGGGUGUGGUAUUGACAAGGCGGGGGCACAAAGGACUCUUCUCUGAAAGUUUCCCUGGCUUGUAAGUGGUGAUUACGGGGGUGUAUGUAUCUGUAAAUAAAUC